CUGAGUAUAUCACAAGCUAAAGUGUAGUUUCAGAGAAAUAAGAAUAAUCUCAACAAAAUGGAUGAGGCAGCGAGGGGAAGAAGCUGCAGCCUGAAGCUGCCACCCGGGUUUAGGUUCUCCCCCACAGAUGAGGAGCUCAUCCUUCACUUCCUCUACCCCAAGUCUUCUUCAUCUGCUUCAUCUUCCUCCUCCUCUACUUCUUCUCUGUUCUCCUACAGUAUCAUCCCCGACCUUCUUGCCUUUCAACCUGAUCCUUGGGAGCUCAAUGGGAAGGCAAUUGCCAGUGGAAAUCAGUAUUUUUAUUUCAGCCGACAGAGGCAGAACAGAAGCACAAGCAGUGGGUAUUGGAAGGAUUUGGAGAUGGAGGAACCUAUCUUCAGCAGGGCUGCUAAUGGUAUUAAGAUAGGGACCAAGAAGCUCCUCGUCUUCCACAUCGGUGGCGGUCGUCGCUGUGGAGCCGCAAUAGAAGGCGAGGAAACAAACUGGGUAAUGGAGGAGUACCGUCUUAUUCCCCGCGAUGGAUCGACCGUCAAUGGUUAUUCCCACAAGAGGUUUGGGAAUCAAAGACAGGAACAUGGGUCACUAGUCCUGUGCCGGGUCCAUGAGAGGAAAAACUAUGGUUCUAAUCAGCGCUGCUACCGGGGCAACUGUGAUGAUUGUGGAAGUGAGAUUUCGUCUCUUGAUGAAAUGUUCAUGGCAUUAGAUGAUGAUCUUGAUGAUGUAACUUCACCAUGCUAAGCCAUCGGCUAACAUGUACACCAUUAUCUUUUCUUUUAUACAUGUGUUAUAGAAUACAAUAUAUAUGUAUAUAUAUAUAUAUAUAAUAUUGUGUACAUAUUAGUUCUUGUAAUAGUAAAGGAAAAGAAGUUCAUAUGCUAUG